CGGGUAGCGAGACCCUGUCCUCGACAUGUCUAAGGAGAUUCAACACGAGGCCCUUAAAGUGUAGCAGAAAAAAUCGAUUUCCUAUUAGAGGUCUUCAUGUAGCCAAAAGUCACUAUGGAUUUCCGUUCGAAGAGCCGAAAAACGAAGAGUGCUCCCUCUUCAAGGUCACAAUUGGUGGAAAAAAGUAAAACUCCUAGCAAAAUGAAGUUGAUCCGGUGGGUCGAAGUCCAUAUUGGGCGUUCUCGAAGGAAGAGCAAAAAGGAGAAAGACAGCAUCACUCUUGGAACCGAUGCCCAGCCUCGAAGGAAAGACGAAAGUACUCCAAGCACUCCCCUUCAUAAGAUCGAGCCCAUUGGCAAGGACCUACCACGCUCGGCUGGUAGCACCCCACACCGGAUCAAACAUCCUCCUUCACCCCAUCCCUUGUUGAGAGCACCCGAGACACCAGAAAUCGGUGGUCGACUUCACAUACGAACCAGUUUCUUGGAUCCAGGAUUGAGCCCUCUGCCCACAAGUCACCAUCAGGUAGCUUUCGGUUCUUCAACCGCUUUGGAUUCGCCGAGAGUACGCUGUCGAAUCCGAACGAAUCCUUGGCUGCCUUCUCCGAAAAAUUCAGCCCUGGAAAGUGGAUGGGCGAGUAAUUCGGGAAUCCGAUCUUCCUCCAUCGGAUCCGAAAGCUCUGAAUCCAUUUCCGGUAGUGGUUUUGGAAGCCAAUCUAGUGGCAGCUUGUGGGAAGGUUUCUCUGGAGAACAAUGGGGUGGUUUUCGCUCCAGUGGCCGAAGCCCGUCGUCCAACAGACUGCCUCGGGUCACUCUCGAGCGGUCAGGCCACAGACAACGACCUGUUGUCGAAGCUGACCGUUUGUCUUUCUAUGACGAAGAUACGCCUUAUUGUCCUGUCACCUACUGCCGUCCGAUACCUCGCAGUGCAUGGAUCAAUUUUCGAGAUCUGACCACGGAUCUGCUGGAGCAGACGACAGUGGCCCCAGAGGAUGACGGAGAAAGCAGCGAUGAAGCCUACUCGGAAGAUUACAUCCAUAUAGAAGAACAUGAGGAGAUGACACUAGGCAUCAUCCGGCCCUCGAAGGACAGUCCCCCUGAUACUGGAAGUCCCCAAGCAGACAGUGCUUGCGGCAGUGACCGCGAUAACAGCAGCUGUAGCACUACACCUCUUUCCGAAACUCCUGCAUCAUCUUCCGUUUCCAGAAAGUCCUUGGCCGAGGCCAAAGAGAUGCUUCGGGAUAAGGUCCUGAGACUCAGACGAGAGAGGCAUCUAGUAGACCAGCGUAUGCAAGAAGCUCGGGCCGAAGAAAUUCUCCGACGGGAGGAACAUCUCCUUCUCCAGCGGGAACUUGUCCAGUUUCGACGGCUCCUUUUGCUUCAGACACUGACGGAACUCCGAAGCCAUUUGGAAAAGCAAGGGGAGAUCAUACGCCAAGGCUAUGGAAUCAAGUUGGAAGGAGAAGAGAGCGUGAAUCCUGAAGCCGGAGAAGAAACUUAGCUUUCAGGUUCAGAAACCGAGCUUUUUGGGUAAAGAAGAAGAAUAAAAACGAUUAUUUUCUUUUCUUCGAAACAAUCGAUGUUAAUAUACCAUAUAAAUGUUUUAAAAAUGCAUUUUUAUCCUUCACUCACUUGCUCAACAGAAGAGAAUGGUUGUGAAAAGUUGUUCUUUUCAGAAAAAUGAAAGCACUGGUAAAUACGCACAGUGUGUCACUUAACCAAUGAGAUAUAAAAACGUCAGUAAGUUUGGUCAAUACCGAAUUUUAUUUAAAAAUUUAUGCAUUACCUAACUUAUGGAACAGUUUUUCCCCCCCUUUUAUUAUCUAGGAAGCUAGUUGUAAAAAAAUUCUGUCGAAAAAUUAUCACUCCAGCACACGUGUCCGAUGGUUUCUCCUAAUAAUAGGUAAGUUAAUGAGCAAUUUUUCUAAAGUGAAAGCAUGAAUAGACAUAAUGGGCAUUUAUUAAUUGCAAUUUACUAUUUUUUCAAAUAAUAUUUUUUUUGUCAGUGGCUAUAACUGAUUUUAAGAUAAAAGUUUUUUCUUUAUUGAAAAAUUUUUCUUUGUGAAAGAAUUUUAGAUAUUCGGUGGAAAAAAAAGGAAUUCUGAAUUUUUGUACGUUUUUCUUUUUGCUCAUAUGACUAUCUGCACAAUGACUGUCUUCGAAGAUUUUACUAAAAAUAGGUAUCUAUUAAAUACGUAAUCUUUUGUUUUCAAAAUUAUGUCUCAGUUUUUAAUUGACACAUUGUGUAUUUUACUAAAUUAAUUAAAGGAACGGCAUACUAAAAAUACAGAAGAAAAUUUCUAAUCUACUAAAUCAUCAUGGUGGAAGAAGCUUUUGCUAUAUAAAAUAUAAAGCAAAACAGUUAUGUUUACAAUGUGUUAUGAAAAGUUUUAAGCUUAAGUUAAAACUAUCAAGCUAGAUUAUUCUUAUUCCAUGUGCCAUUUAGAUAUUAAUGAGCAAAGGUUGAUAUUUUUAUUAAAAAACAAAAUUUCCAUUUUCAAUAAAGUAUUGCUCAAAAAAUGUUUUGCCGUUAGUGUGCACUGUACAGUGUUAAAAAAGAGGAACAUUACAGAAAUCUAUAGCUUUUCUGCAGGUUGUUUCAAAAACUUACUGAUAAAUUAUUAACUAAUAUGUUGCACUGCUGAACCACUUCUGGAAAAUGAUAAAAAUGGUCACCGCUCAACUUGACAUAUGAAGUAAUUCGCGGUUUUCUUCAUGAAUGUGCAAUAUUAUUAUGUUCCUUAUUCUUAAUGUGUUUCUGAAUUUUCUGGAAUGUUUAAUAUUAGAAAUAAUUUCAAAUCUGCUAUCAGGACUUUGAGUAAAUACAAUUAUGAACAAGAUAUUUUUAGGUUAUAAAUUCUGUUUUCAUCAGCAUCUCUAACUUUAAAAAUUAAAGAGAUUUUUCUUAAAAUAAUAAUAAAAAUCCAAUUUUAUUUUUUAGUAAUAUGAUAAUCUAAUAUUAUGGCAACGGAUUUGU